GUUCUCACUGCUCAGGUUGCCCUGUCCCGUAGCUGCGGGCUGCGAAACGAUUUCAAUGAAACAAGCACGUGGCUUCAUACAAUGACUCCGGUAACCAAUGGAAACGAACUGUAAACAAGCUUGCCAGUGCCUGCCAGUGAACUGGAGAGUGUCUGUGCUGGACACGUUUUGGACCUGUGGAUUAGCCCUGGGUGCGUCAGGAACAUGAGCUCACCGCUUUCGAUAUUGGGGAAAAACAAAAGAGUUCCCCUCCCCGCUGGCCAGAACCUGGGGCAGAGAUGCAAACCUUUCAAAGAGAAAACAUGUGCAGGGCAUGAAGCGACACAGAUGAGUGACAUCAUCUCGCCCGGACCGAGGCAGCAUGUCGCCCUGGCCCCAGAUGCUCCUUCUACUUCCAGGUCAAAGGUCACACCGAGAAAAGGUGGCAUCAGUGCCUCAGGCCUCAGUGACUUUGAGCUGAUGUCCACAAUGAUGGAGAAACUGCAUCUGCUGGAGAAGAAGGUGUGCAGCCAAAGCAUGGAGAUCCAGAGCAAGGAGAAAAAGAUUGCUGUGCUGCAAGAGAAACUGAGGAUUCUCCAGAAAUCAAAAGUGGAGGGUGGAAGCUCUGGUCGAGUGGAGGAACUGCAACAGACCUGCCACAGGCUCCAGAACCAGGUGUGGGAGAUGGAGCGGUUCCUGAAUGACUAUGGCAUGGUGUGGGUGGGAAGCAGUGUCGGUCCGCAGGAAGAGGCAGAGACGAAAGAGGAAGUACUGCAUAGGCCACACCUACCUGAGCCAGAUGUCUCAGUGGACCGGGACUUCCACAUGAACUUUGACCUGGUCCUGCGGAGCGUGCGGGACCUGAAUGUCCUGGCGGGGGAGGAUGUGUCCCAUGUGCAGGCCACGCCUGGGGGGGCCCGCCUGGCCCGCCGCUCGCCCAUCCCCCUCUCUCUCUUCAGAAACGGCAUCAUCAUGUUUGAUGGCCCCUUCCGCCCAUACCACGAUCCCAGCACACAGCAGUGCAUGCUGGACCUGAUGGAUGGAUACUUCCCUUCUGAGCUGCAAGAGAGGUUUCCAGAUGGGGUUCCCUUCCAGGUCAAUGACAGGAGGGAGGAGGAGUUUAAGGAGAGACAUGUGGGGGCGAAGUUCCCAGGAGAGGGGAAGUCUGUGGGUGUGGCCACAGAAUUCACCAUUCACAGCAAUGGACACACCCCCGGGCAAGCUGUGCACGAUGGACACACCCCCAAGCAAGCCGUGCACGAUGGACACACCCCCAAGCAAGCCGUGCACGAUGGACACACCCCCAAGCAAGCCGUGCACGAUGGACACACCCCCAAGCAAGCCGUGCACGAUGGACACACCCCCAAGCAAGCCGUGUACGAUGGACACACCCCCAAGCAAGCCAUGUACGAUGGACACACCCCCAAGCAAGCCGUGUAUGAUCAGGCAACAGGUGGAAAGCUGUCCGUGGAGCAGUUCCUGAACAAGCUGCCGAAGACGGUGAUUAGGGCGGGAAGAGUGAUUGACAUUCGCAGCUCUCUGAAGGCGGACAUGCAGAGCCCUUCCUGCAACUCAACUGUCAUAGAAACACCAGCCCUGCAGGACCCGAGGCCUGGUACCCGCAGGUCCCCUGCUGAUGAUGUCAUAGUGCUGAAGGUGAGGGCGGAGGAUGGGCGGAGCUGCUACAUCCUCAGGAUGCUGUUCUCUGAGACAGUCGGGCAGCUGCGCCACUACCUGGACACUCACAGAGGGCCCAGAGCAUACCACAUCACCAGCACCUUCCCCACGCGUCGCUAUGACGACAACUCCCAGACGCUCCGCGCUUGCGGCCUGACGUCCAACGCCAGCCUGCUGCUGCAACCCCACAAGGACCCCUGACACCAGACCCUUCGCUCCUAAUCUCCAGUCCUGGAGAACUGCAGUAACUGAAAGUAAAUCACAAAACCCACCAAUCAGUAGCCAGUUUAGACCUUUAAGACCAGGUACAUUGACUCCUUAGCCAAUCAGUGACUUAAAGUACUGAAGUGUAGAAACACACUUAAAACCUGCAGACACUACGGCCCUCCAGGACUGGAGUGAAACCUGCAGACACAGCGCCCCCUCCUGGACUGCAAUUAAACCUGCAGACACAGCACCCCUCCUGGACAGGAGUUAAACCUGCACCCCCUCCAGGACUGUUUCUCAUGAUGCCAGGACAUAAAUGAUGAUAGAUUGUUUGAGUUUGAGUCCUCUUGAUUUAUGAGGGGAUCACUGGCACAGAGAUCUGGAACAUUCCCCUGGGACGGAGAUCUGGAACGUUCCCUUGGGACAGAGAUCUGGAACAUUCCCCUGGGACAGAGAUCUGGAACGUUCCCCUGGGACAGAGAUCUGGAACGUUCCCUUGGGACAGAGAUCUGGAACGUUCCCUUGGGACAGAGAUCUGGAACAUUCCCCUGGGACAGAGAUCUGGAACGUUCCCCUGGGACAGAGAUCUGGAACGUUCCCUUGGGACAGAGAUCUGGAACAUUCCCUUGGGACAGAGAUCUGGAACAUUCCCUUGGGACAGAGAUCUGGAACAUUCCCUUGGGGCAGAGAUCAGCAGGGGAGGAACCUGGGUUCACACAAGAAUUCAACAACCAGCGUUACUAUGGAAACAGAUCCAGUGUGUUCUGCCAGGCACAAGCCCACACCACAGAAACCACCACAAAUGACAUAAUUUCACCAGCUAUUUAUUAUCUUCUUGGAAGACAACAGAUUUUUUUUUGGCCAUAAAGGGCAGUGGUCCAAAGGCAAAGCAGUAAAAAUGGAAUGUCGCAUUUGGUCAGAGUGUUAGGGCGAGGUACAGGUACACAAGUAUGUUACAGUAACGUUAAAGUAGCGUUCUCUCAAUGUUACAGUAACGUUAAAGUAGCGUUCUCUCAAUGUUACAGUAACGUUAAAGCAGCGCUCUCUCAAUGUUACAGUAAUGUUAAAAUAGCGCUCUCUCAAUGUUACAGUAAUGUUAAAAUAGCGCUCUCUCAAUGUUACAGUAACGUUAAAGUAGCGUUCUCUCAAUGUUACAGUAACGUUAAAUUAGCGUUCUCUCAAUGUUACAGUAAUGUUAAAGUAGCGUUCUCUCAAUGUUACAGUAACGUUACAGCAGCGCUCUCUCAAUGUUACAGUAAUGUUAAAAUAGCACUCUCUCAAUGUUACAGUAACGUUAAAGCAGCGCUCUCUCAAUGUUACAGUAAUGUUAAAAUAGCGCUCUCUCAAUGUUACAGUAAUGUUAAAAUAGCGCUCUCUCAAUGUUACAGUAACGUUAAAGCAGCGCUCUCUCAAUGUUACAGUAAUGUUAAAAUAGCACUCUCUCAAUGUUACAGUAACGUUAAAGCAGCGCUCUCUCAAUGUUACAGUAAUGUUAAAAUAGCGCUCUCUCAAUGUUACAGUAAUGUUAAAAUAGCGCUCUCUCAAUGUUACAGUAACGUUAAAGCAGCGCUCUCUCAAUGUUACAGUAACGUUAAAGUAGUGCUCUCUCAAUGUUACGGAUGCUCCCAGUGCAUUUAUAUUUCUGUUCUAAACUCGCUGGUCAUUUGCCUGGUCAGGAGCUGGACGCUGAAUGCUCUGCUACUGCCUGAUGAAUUCACAAUUCUACCACAACAUAGACACUAAUACUGUAUGUGGGGGGGAAAUAAAAAUCAACUGGUUUGA